UGCUACUCUUGACUAUGUUCCUGCUCCAUUAACCCCUGAGUCUUGAGUUCUGCCCUCCAGCUUAGUGGGCUCUCUCAUAGCUGCAACAUGGCUGCCGUGCCAGCCCUCAGCAGUACACCUACCCAGCCAGGAACAAAGGCAUGAAGGAAGGCAGCCACCAGCAUAGUGAGAACAGUGCUAAGCCUCCCUAGACACCUCCCCUUUCAGAGCGAUUGCAGGCAAGAGGAAUGGAGAUUUCUUUCAUUUUCUUGGACCAGCCGUCUCUCCUGUCCUGGGCAUGUGGCUGCUCAAACAAAAUUGGGUUCUCUCAGCACAAUAGGAGGGUGGGCUGGUAGGGAGGACCCAGGGUGCCUGCCACUCUCCACUUCCCAAUGCCAAGCUCUUCAGCCCUAGAAGGACCAGACUUUCUCUCCUCAACAAAACAGCUGGUUAAGAAACCACUGCUGAUGAAUGUGUGUGAGUGUGGUUUGUGGACUGACAGGGUCCCAGGAGGAAGAGGACAGCAUGCUCACAUGGGAUAUUUCAGAGAGUUUAGUAAAGGGAUCAUUUGCAAAGAAGUGGGCAGGGAACAGGGAAAUCAUAGGGCUGGUACAGUACCCUGAGCUGGCACCAGAGGUGAGCUGUUCCUCCCACCCUGGCCUUGAGGUGCAAGGGAGCCAAGUGGAAACCAGAAGAGCCGAUACUGGGGAGAGGGCUGUCCUAGGGAAGCUGUGUCCCUGGCAACUCCAUAGGGGGAGAGUUGGAGGAAUCCUUUCCCCCAUCAUUUGUGGGGCUCCCCACUGUCAAAAUCCUGGGAGCCAGGGGGCACAGGAACCCAGAUAAUGCGGUCCACCCAGGUCAGUCUCCCAGGACACAGAGCAGGGAGGAAGGGGACAGAAAGGGCCUUAGGGAAAAUAAAGACACCCAGCCCCGGAUUUCUUCCCUAAUGUGUUUUCAAUGACACAGGAACCAGUUGCCCUGAAACAUGCUGUUGGGCACGGAGAACUGGGCACCUGAAAGAGACAAAAUGGCUCCACCUAACCAUUUGCCAGCUCAUUCUUCAGUGCAACUUGCACCCUGUACUCCACGCUGGACAGAUCCCAGAUACUGGGCUGCCAGACCUGUGCCGGACACACCAGUCAUGGCUGCACGAAAUCCAACAAUUGUGAGAUGGAGACACUGAAAAUUCCAUUUUACAGAUGGGCUGAUUGAAACUCCGAUGCUUGCCUAACCACCUCUCAAGACUUCCUAACGACCACCCUGUUUAUAUGCUGCAUGCUAAGCAUUCUCCCCACAUGAUCUACAUAGGCCUCUGACACAAACCAGCCAAGGGAGACACAUUAGUUCUAUCUUCCAGAUGAAGAAACCGAGGCUCAGCAAGAAGUGACUUGUCUGGGUCCUGCUGAGGUAAAGUGGUAAAACUCUGCCUCCCUUGCUGCCCCAAAUGAAUGAGCAGGACUGACUCUCAGGGAAUGUGAAGAAAUGAAAUAAUGCUCCUCUCACCACCAAGCCUUUAUAUAGACUGUUCCCUCUGCCUGGAACACCCUCCCUUUUACCUGAAACCUUAUCUUCCUUCAGGGCUCACACCCAGACAGUCAUCUCUGAACCUUUAAGCUGGACUGGGAGCCUCUUCUGGGCUCCCAUGAGCUCCCUGAGUUUUCUCUAUUACCGUUUGGAUCACUUUGCCUGUGCAUUCCCCAUCAUAGCCUUGGUCAUUCUGGGUUGUCACUGGUGGGUCUGUCUCCUCCACGGACUAAGUUAUGUGCUCAUUUUUAAUGUUGAGCUAGACCUGGCCUAUAGCUGGAGUUCAGGAAAUUGCUGAGUGGAUAAAUGAGAGAAAGUAACUGCACAGAGAAUAUUCAAAAUCCUUAACCAGUGGUUAAGGGGUCAGACAAUGAUCAGUCUAGAACACAGACAGGACAGAGUGUUAGGGUGGGGUUCUGGGAGCCCCUGGCUGUGUCACAUGACCCCCUUUGGUUCCUGGACUGUGGGAGAGGGGGGGAGUGGUGUCCCAGGCAAUCACUAGGAGCUGGACUAUUAACACACCAAUAUUUUAAAAUCUGCUACAUCUGAACAGUGUUUCUGGCUGAACGUCAGUUCUUGGCAUCUAAUAAUCAGAGGUGGAGCUUCCUGCUGGAAGAUACACAGCCCGUGUCCUCACUUUGUCCUUACCUACUGGACCCUGCUGUUCCUCCACCCUCUGGGGCAAGCAAUCACAGCCACCACCCCCCUCUCCUGCUUCUCAGACAGCUGCUGUGAUUUGAAUAACCAAGCAGGUUGUUGGAUGUCCGGUGGUGACUGAUUUGCCUGGCAAACAGACCCCUCAGGUCCUUGGCCCAGCUGCUACUUUGAGAAGACAGCCUUCCUGGAGUCUCUUUUUCUUUUCCCCACAUGCAGCAGCUAGCUAGGCUCUAAUCUUGCCCUUGCUUGACCUUCUGGAGGGUCCCAGCACUUGGCUGCCCCUGGUGGCUGGAGAGUGCCCUCAGGAACUUGAUGUAGGAGAAGGGGGAGGAAUGGUAGGUCCCAUCUGAGGCAGAGGUAACUGGAGCCAGCUAAGUCCCUGGGCUUGUCACAAAAUUUGCAUGGAGAGAAUGCAGGUCCUCUGUGGCUCCCCCUUCCCUUCCCUCUUCCCUCCUAGUCAUCCUGGGACUGAGGUGUGACCGCAGGUGGAGGAGGCAGUCGUGCGUGGAGUGCCAGCUCGCCAUUCCGAGAGGUGAUGCCCCGUGUCUUCCUGGUCAGGAGUCGGCGUCCACAGCCAUCCAACUGGGGCCACUUGCCUGACCAGCUCCGGGGAGAUGCCUAUGUCCCAGACUGCAGCAACCAGCAGGGCUCAUCAGCACACCAGUCUUCUGGCCUUGGGGACUCUUGGGCAGCGCCUAUGCAGGGCAGUCUGGCCUCCACUCCCAGGGGCCCUGGGACACUUGGCUGCCCGCUCUGCCCCAAGGCCUUCCCUUUGCAGCGCAUGCUGACACGGCACCUCAAGUGCCACAGCCCUGCACGCCGCCACGUGUGCCGCUGCUGUGGCAAGGGCUUUCACGAUGCCUUCGACCUCAAGCGCCACAUGAGGACUCACACUGGGAUCCGGCCAUUCCGCUGUGGAGCUUGCGGGAAAGCAUUUACUCAGCGCUGCUCACUUGAAGCUCAUCUUGCUAAGGUGCACGGGCAGCCAGCCAGCUACGCUUAUCGUGAGCGCCGGGAGAAGCUGCAUGUGUGUGAGGACUGUGGCUUCACAUGCUCGCGGCCUGACACCUAUGUGCAGCACCGUGCCCUGCACUGUGUUGAGACUGUGCACCCACACAACACAUGAGAGGCAAAUAAAUGCAGGAAAUGCACGCACA